ACUCCACAGGUCCAAAGACAGGACAAUGCAAGCAGAAAGAUCAGCGGGAAAAGAUUGUUUCUUCACGUCCACCUGCUCAAGAAGAGUCUGGGCAUUGAAAUUCAGCGAAAAUCAGUGUAUGAGAAAUUAUUUUGGAUAGCGAGUCACUUGAGGAGUCGAGACAUGAAGCCGAAAGAAGGAAAAAAACCCAUUCAAAAGCCGCUUUGCAGACUGUGCCAGUGUCCGACGUCGGACGGCCACGUCCUCGCGUCGCAGGUGGACAGGAUCAAGCUGCGGAAAUGGGCCAUGGAGGCCUCGAACUUGACGGAAGAAGAUGAAAACUUGCCAGUGAUUGUCGAAAAAGAUGCGUUGAUCUGCUAUUUUUGCAUCUGGCUGGCCGAGUUUGAGGAUGAGCCUGGAGAUGAUUCUGUUCAUUGGUGGCCAAAAAACCUUGAUUUGGAUGAAAACGCAAGGUUGCUUCGGGAGAAUUAUUCAGCUGGAGAAGUGGAUCAGUGUUGGGUCCAGUUGGAGAAAUUUGAUCUGACCAAAUAUGAAAAGGAAAUCCCUAAAAAGAGGAAAUACGUCAGUGGAGUGUGUUUUUACUGCGGAAACAGAUUCGACAAACUGAUGCAGCACAUCAGACAGAUGCACAAAGAAGCAAUCAAAUGCGGAUUUUGGGGCUGCAGAACUUACUUUCACACCGAGGAGGAUAAAGAGCAGCACAUGCAGCAGGUUAUCCACGAGAGACCUUUCAAGCCCCGGGGAAGCAACAAAGUUGGUUGCAAAUUUUGUGAAAUCGGAAAAUUGUAUUCCUCAGUAAAUUUGUGGAGGAAGCACAUGAAAUGCGAUCAUCCAGAACUUCCGGUGGCGUGCAUGCACGUAGGCUGCAAAGAGUACUUUAAAUCCAAGUCUAAAAUGACCCUCCACUACAACUCGGCGCACAGCCGAGGCAAAGACCUUUACCAAUGCAAGCAGUGCGAGUAUUUCACCUUGUGGAAGUCACUGUUUAAACGACACAUAGAGGUGAAGCACAUGCCAAAGAUCUUCAAAUGCGACGAUUGCGUCGCAAAAUAUGGCUCGAAACGACUGCUUGAAGAACACUUCAUCAAAUGUCACACGUUCGUCAAGUGCGAAUCUUGUGGCCUGGACGUGGCUUCCUCAUGCAAGUCACGCCACGGAAAGCCAAUGGCUUGCUCCAGAUGCAAACUCGGUUUCAAGUGCUUGGGUUUGUACCAACUGCAUAGGAAUAGCUGCAAACAAACCCUCCUUCAUUGCAAAGAGUGUGGAAAAACAUUCACUCGGAUCAUUGAUGUCAAUAGGCACUUGAAUGAAAUUCACACCAAAUCCGCGAUUUUGCAGUGCGAACAUUGCGACCAUUCUACAGUUUACAAGAACAAAUUGUGGGUGCACAUUCAACGCAAACAUCUUCCAAAGACGAUCAAGUGUGGAGAAUGCAACAAAUUGUUUGCCUCCGAAUUUGUUCUCGAUAUUCAUAAGCAAAAGUCGCACUCAUUUCUUCGCUGCGCUGAGUGUGCUCAGGAAUUCAGCCGUAGUAAGUUGCCAUAUCACCAGAUCGUCAAGACUUGUCGCCACUGCAAGUGCAAGUUCAAGUGCCAAGGACUUCUUGACAAGCAUAAGAAGAGCUGUGUGCUGACCAUGAGUAAUGCUUACAUUUGUGACAUGUGCCCGAAAACUUAUAGUCACAAGAUACGUUUGUAUUAUCACAUUAUCUCGAAGCACAUUGAAAAAUAAAUUUUGCCAAACUGACGAUGAACAGCUCUAUUCUGAAAAUUUGUUGUGAAUUUUUUAUGACCUUUUAGAAUAUAGUUCUGCCAACAAGAUUUUGCUAAAGAGCCGUCGACGUCUGUAUAUUCACGGCAUGGAGCUAAAAAGCAAAAGCCAUCAAUCAAAAUGUGGGUGGAAAAGAUAUCCCUUUUGACAGAUUGGUAUGUUAAAGAGUACCAAAAAACAUUCCUGCGCUGUUGAAUAUAUUACCAUGUUCCGGCGCCGGCGCAAAACGAAAUAUAAAACAUAAUUUUUAAAUCUCAGGAGUACGCCAAUCAGAUUGCAGCAAUCUAAGCGCGGUGAACGCCGAUUGGUUACCACCAGAAACAUGAGGGGGUAAAGAUAAGGAGUAAAAAUGGCAUAACUGAAACCUUAACAUAUUUAGGCAUACAUCCAAAGCAUUUUGAGAACAUUAUCAAACUGAAGUAACAAGAAUUCAAUUAAAAGGGUAUG